UCAACGGUCGCCUGGAGCGCAAAUAAAGAUGCCGCCAGCACAAUUUCGCAUUCAUCGCAUCCACCCGAAUUUGCGAGCCUUGCGAUUACACAAGUUCCAACAUCUCGAAACCCCCGUUCCGCGCCAGUUCUCCCACCGGCCUCCACGACUUCUUCUGGUAUCGCAUCGCAGCUAUCCACGACCUCAGCUCCCAUUCCUCUAUCCGGGCAGUCAAAACAAUGGACAACAAGUGCUGAGAUUGUUCUCCAUCAGUGCCAAUGGCAAGAAAUUCAUUAAGGAGACGGCUCGACAGACUGUCAAAUAUACCUUCUUGAUUUGGUGCUUGUGCACAUCUUUUACGGUGCUCAGUCUGGGAAUUUUGACCGAGAGACAAGAGCGCGCAUUUCCCUCACCACACGAAUGGAGCUUUUACACAAGAUUCAGAUUUCGUAGGGGAAAGUGGUGGGAGGUACCAGAGAACAAUGAAGAAGAGGGCUUCCCGAAUUGGGCACGUCUAUAUGCUGAAUAUGAGCACGCAUUGAUACGGCUGGAGAACCCGGAUAAAGAUGGAGAAGGCAUUGUGCCACAAGAGGAGGGCGCGCUUCUGGUGCCAGUUCUCGGGACGUCGGGAUUCGACUUGACUGCCAAGAGUGAGGAAUGGCGACAGGGCUAUUUUGAGGUGUUGAUGGGUAUGGCGCGCGCAUCGGAACGCCUGGAAGGAUGGGUCUCUGACAAGAACCGAUGGAACGUCUGGUCUCCAGAGUUCAUAGCUUCGCCUUCAAAUCCAAGGCCAAGGGCUACUCCGCCAGGCAUGCCGGAAGCACCAGCAGAGAAAGACCAGAUCCCCGUCGCUGAUCCACCCGAGAACUUUUAUUUUCGGGUGCUCACAUCGAAAGGUUUCACUACACAUCAACGCCUCACGGCAGCUUUGGGCUAUGCAGAUUGGUUGAGCUUCAAGAACUUGAAUGAAUCUGCGGAAGAGAUGUACCAAUGGGCACUUGACAUUGCUGUAUCAGGCCUUCCGACUCCUAGUCCAUCUGAGAUUGUAAAUUCGGACACGGGUGUACUCCAGGUCUCUGCCUCUCAAGAUGUCAUCACUCCUAACCUCGUCUACGCAGCAACGAAUCUCGCUACCUUCUAUGCGUCAAAAGGAAACAUCACUUCAGCACUACCCAUUUUCAUCUCAGUCCUACGCGCUCGUCUUAAUGCGACGCCUGCCCCACCUCCUUCGCCAGAGCCAAAACAGGAUUCAUCACUUGUUGGAACUGUUCUAAGUCUGCUCAGCGAACCAGAGUAUCCUUCCUUACCGCCUACAGGAGAUGAGCCACUGCGUCGUUCCGAGGAGGAUCGUUGCGAGGAAGCUGCGUUGAAGAACUACAUUGGAGAGAUCCUCUUCGCAACAGCGGGCUCUUCAUCUGUUCAGCGCCAGCAGGGGUUAAACUGGGUGCGUGAUGGUGUUUCGGUAGCGAAACUUGCACAGAGCCUGGAUGUCGUGCAACGAGAUCCAGCACGCAAGAAGAAGUGCGAGCAAUGCGAGGAAAUUGGGCUUGAAUCUUGGGGCAAGAUUAUGACGUAUCUGGCCGCGGAAGCAAGGGACAAGCGCGACAAGGUCAAAUCCGGCGGCAUCACGAAUCUCACUUGGAAGCUCUGGGGCACUCAGCAAUUGGACAAAGAUGUUCAGGACUUGGAAGACGAAGAAGAAGGCGUGACGAUGAGAUUGAACAAGGUUCGGGGGAGGAUGAUGAGAGAAGAGUACGCGGAGAUGGACCGCAAGUAUUCCAGAGCCUUUGCAUUCUAGGCCUGUUGUAUUCUGGUUAUGUAACAUUAUCACACCGGGGCGUGCGUAAGGAAAAAUUAUACCCAACGGUAAUAGUACGAUAGAUUCAGUAUUACUUCAUCAUCAUCAACGCGUAAUUUCGCAAUGUCACUUCGGCCUGAACGGAC